UUGAUCAUACUACUAUUUGAAGGAUUUGCAACUUGAUGUUAGUAGUAACCGAUGAUUACGACUUAAAUGAAGGAGAUGAAUUUUGUUUGUUGUGUGGAGUUAAGUUAAAUGCAUUUAGUAUCGAAUCCCAGCAUCAACAACAUAUCCCCAUGACGAUAUAUGUUUGCUUCUCUACGUCAACGAUUUAUGUUUCUUGAAUUCCAGGCAAGAACUAUAAUGGGCUUAUGGGCCUAUUUUAAAUGGACUGUAAAGUCCAACAAUAAUCAAUGUAGGCUCAAAUAUAAGCCUACUCAUUUUAAAAACAUUACUUAAACCAGAAGAAAAUUCAACCUUAAAUCACUCACAAGAAAUGGACCAACAAGAAUCGAAAAAGCAGAUCGCCACGUAAGCUUAAUCUUAUUCAAAUCAAAUAUGGACCGUUGAACAUGCCUUUAAUCGUACGUCUAUAAACUCCUCUCCCGUUAAUCUCCCAAAAUUAACCGACCUAAUAAUUCACCUCCUCACUAUAAAUAAAGUCACUAAUCUGUUUUACUUUUCUCUUAAGUUAAAACACAACACUCAAAAGCUCUUCUCUUUGAUUCAACUCUUCAUCGUUCUAAGCUAUCAGAUUCUUGAAGAAGCCAUGGCUCGUACGAAGCAAACCGCGAGAAAAUCACACGGAGGAAAAGCUCCGAGGAAGCAGCUCGCUACCAAGGCGGCGAGGAAAUCUGCGCCGACUACCGGAGGAGUCAAGAAACCUCACCGUUACCGUCCUGGAACCGUCGCUCUUCGUGAGAUUCGUAAAUACCAGAAGAGCACAGAGUUGUUGAUCCGCAAACUUCCAUUUCAGCGUCUUGUUCGUGAAAUAGCCCAAGAUUUCAAGACGGAUCUGAGAUUUCAGAGCCAUGCAGUGUUAGCUCUUCAAGAAGCUGCUGAAGCAUAUUUGGUGGGUUUGUUUGAAGACACAAAUCUUUGUGCCAUUCAUGCAAAGAGGGUUACGAUAAUGCCUAAAGAUGUUCAAUUGGCAAGAAGGAUUCGUGGAGAGCGUGCUUAGAAAUUGAAUUGAACCAUGAACUAUUAUUAUUCUAUUAGGGUUUUGGUGUUAAGUGUUUUGGAUUGUUUUUGCUUUAUCUAACUUUUAACAAAAAUAUAUUGUUAAACUCUCAUUGAGAGAUGAAUUGGUUAUUGAUGAUAUUGAACUUGCGUUACUCUUUUUCUCUUUCUCGAAUUCAUUAUCACUGAGAUAAUAUUUUGAA